GGAGUUGUGGUCGCGGUGCGCCAGCAGCACUCAGCUGGUGAGAGCCGCUCGCAGACGGGAGACAGCAUCCAUGGCAACAAUCAUGACAGAGGCGGACACCCGACAGAGGCUGCUGCGCACCGUCAAGAAGGAGGUGAAGCAGAUUAUGGAGGAAUCCGUCACCAGGAAAUUUGUUCACGAAGACAGCAGCCACAUUGUGUCCUUUUGUGCUGCGGUGGAGGCUUGUGUUCUGCACGGGCUGAAAAGGCGAGCAGCAGGCUUUCUGCGCAGCAACAAGAUAGCGGCGCUGUUCAUGAAGGUGGGGAAAAGCUUCAUCCCCGCUGAGGAGUUGUGUAGGAAAGCACAGGACCUCGAGCAGAUAAUCGACUCAAAACGAAGUCAAAGCUUGCAAAGUCAGGACAGCAUUCGCAAGAUGCCGCGACUGCCCAGCUUCACCCAGCAGGGGGUCAAGAACCUGUGGAUCCGGACGGCUCUAUUCGAGAAGGUGCUGGACAAGAUUGUCUUGUACCUGGUAGAGAACAGCAGUAAGUACUACGAGAAAGAGGCUGUUCUGAUGGACCCCGUGGACGGACCCAUCCUCGCCUCUUUGUUAGUUGGACCUUGUGCUUUGGAGUACACAAAGAUGAAGACAGCCGACCACUUCUGGACGGACCCGUCCGCUGACGAGUUGGUGCAAAGACAUCGCAUCCACGGUGGCAACUGCAGACAAGACUCUCCCACUAAGAGGCCAGCACUGUGUAUCCAGAAGCGCCACUCCAGCAGCAGCAUGGAUGAACGACCUUCUCCCUCGCCAUCAGCUCGUGAAUAUGUGGAGUCACUGCAUCAAAACAGCCGAGUGACCCUGCUGUUUGGCAAAAACAAUGUGCUCGUGCAACCGAGGGACGACAUGGAGGCCAUCCCGGGUUACCUCUCUCUGCACCAGAAUGCUGACCUCAUGACCCUGAAGUGGACUCCCAACCAGCUCAUGAACGGCUCGGUUGGAGACUUGGACUACGAACGCAGUGUAUACUGGGAUUAUGCCAUAACCAUCCCUCUGGGGGAGAUCGUUUACUUACACUGUCAUCAACAAGUUGACAGUGGGGGGACGGUGGUGCUGGUCAGUCAGGACGGGAUACAGAGACCUCCACUCCGCUUCCCCAGAGGAGGCCACUUGCUGCAGUUCCUCUCCUGCCUGGAGAACGGCCUCCUCCCCCACGGCCAGCUGGACCCUCCACUCUGGUCCCAGAGGGGGAAGGGGAAGGUGUUUCCCAAGCUGCGUAACAGGGUUCCUCAGGGAUCUGGGUCCUCAGACUCGGUCUCAGACAAGGAGGAGGACGAGGCCACAGACUACGUCUUCCGCAUCCUCUUUCCAAACAGCCAGUCAGAGUUUGUGACUCCUCCAGACUUGAUGGAUCACGGAGCUACAUUGUGGCAUCCCACUCUCAGGAAGUCCUCCUGUUCGUCUUGUUCUCAGGGGAGCUUCUCUGAUGGGGCGACGCCCAAGGGGUGCAACUAUGAGAGGGCUCCUCUGAAGCUGCUGUGCGACAACAUGAAGAAUCAGAUCAUCUCUCGGGCGUUUUAUGGCUGGUUGGCAUACUGUCGUCACCUGUCCACUGUGCGUACACACCUCUCUGCUCUCGUCAAUCACACCAUUGUGGCGCCCGAAGUGCCGUGCGAUGCCUACAAAGGACUCACCACGGAUGUGUGGCAGACGUUCCUCCAGGACUGCACAGCAUACGAUGAGAACGAGCUGCUUCGUCUGGUGUACUUUGGCGGUGUGGACGCCUCGCUGCGUAAAGAGGUGUGGCCUUUUCUGCUGGGUCAUUACCAGUUUGGAAUGUCAGAAGCCAGGAGGAAAGAGGUGGACGAACGGGUCCGAGUGUGCUACCAGCAGACCAUGCGUGAGUGGCUCGGCUGUGAGGAGAUCGUCCGUCAGCGCGAGAAGGAGCAGCAUGCUGUUGCAUUGGCAAAGUGCUCCUCGGUAGUGAGCAUGGACAGUUCCAGUCAGAAGAUCACCCACCACAACUCCACCGUCAGCAAUGAGUCCCAGUCGCCCCAGAGCUCAGACAGGCAGAGUCUGGCUCGCCUGCAGAGUGACUCCAGCAGCAGCACACAGUUCUUCACCUCCUCCCAUCCCUUCCCCUGGAGUAGCCUGCUUCCCUUUGGCUUGUUCUUUCAGGUGUUUGAGUCUGUAGAGGAGGUUGAUCAGAUCGAGACGGAGCCCAAGAGCGAGGAGGCCAAACAAGGGCCCAAGUUACCCAAUGGAGCGAUGCAGAACGAGACAAGCUCUCCUGACUCCGGACAUCCCUCCUCCCGCAACUUCUCGGUCACCUCGGGCCUGUCGGACGGCUCCCUCAGCACAGAGGACAGCGCUGCAGCUGAUACGAUCCCAAGAUCUGCAGCUGCUCCUCAGGCACCGCAGAGCCAGGUCAAACCCGCAGAGAUACAAAGUGAAGGUCGGACAGAUGAGUUGGACAGCCAGGUGAGAGGUAAAAUGAAGACCAAAGAGGAGGAGGAGGAGAAAGCGACCAAAAUUGAGCAGCCGUUGAAGGCCAAAAAAGAUGCAAAUCUGCAACCAAAAACGCAAGAAACUGUUGCGGUGUCUGAAGUUGUUCAAACAGAGGGACCCAAGUCUAAAAAUGAAGACGCACUGGCGGACAUUAAAGGAGUUACAUCUGUAGAGUCGGGGGAAACCAAAAAAGAGGUGCUUGAUGAGGAUACUGUGACGGUGUCGGCAGCUCCUUCAGGAUCUACAGGAGAACCUGUAAAGCAGAGUCCUAAAACAGCAGUAGAAGAGAGUCUUGAGAAAACUUUAAAGCGUAAGAAAUCUGAAGAAGCAAAUGUUGAAACGGCUACUGGCAUCUACGGGUUAAAGUCAGGUCAACCCCAAGUUUUGUUGGCAGACUUGAGAUCAGUUGAUUACAAGAACCCUGAAGUUGAGAAGAAACUAGAUUUCUCAGCCGGCAGCGGCGUCGCGAGACCAAGAGAAGCCUACUUUGCAUCCCAGACAGGCAAGGCUCAGGCCAUGACUGAAUCAGAUGAGUCUCCUCCGGCCGUGGAGAUGGAGGAGAUCCCACAAGCCAAAGUUUCCAUGGUGCCUUCGAGCAGGAAGGGACCCUGCGAAGCACCCUCUUUCUCCAAGGACUCGUCCCCCUACGCGGAGCUCAGGCAGGAGGACAAGCGGGGAAAGCGCAGUCCCGAUAUGACAAAGCCCGCCGCGUGUGAGGAGCCGGAGAGCGAGAGCCUGGACCCUCACUUUGACUCUCUGGCCGAGUCUGGACACACCAAGAAUGAGGCGACCUCUCAACCAUCAGCUGGGAGUCCCUUCUCUCAAGAGCUUUUGGACUUGUAUACAUUAAAUCUGCACCGCAUUGAAAAGGACGUCCAGCGCUGUGACAGAAACUACUGCUACUUCACUCCGGCCAACCUGGAGAAACUGCGCAACGUAAUGUGCAGCUAUAUCUGGAGGCACCUUGACAUCGGUUACGUACAGGGCAUGUGUGAUCUGCUGGCUCCACUUCUAGUCAUUCUGGAUGACGAGGCCAUGGCCUUCAGCUGCUUCACUGAGCUCAUGAAGAGAAUGAAUCAAAACUUUCCACACGGAGGAGCUAUGGAUACUCAUUUUGCCAACAUGCGCUCUCUAAUCCAGAUCCUGGAUUCCGAGCUGUUUGAGCUAAUGCACCAGAACGGAGACUACACCCACUUCUACUUCUGCUACCGCUGGUUUCUCCUCGACUUCAAGCGAGAGCUGGUGUACGACGACGUGUUUGCAGUGUGGGAAACGAUCUGGGCAGCCAAGUGUGUCUCUUCUGGUCACUUUGUGCUCUUUAUUGCUCUGGCGCUGGUGGAGAUCUACAGGGACAUAAUCCUGGAGAACAACAUGGACUUUACUGACAUCAUUAAGUUCUUCAAUGAAAUGGCCGAGCACCACAACAUAAAGCGGAUUUUGACCAUGGCCAGAGAUCUGGUGUGCAAGGUGCAAAUGCUUAUAGAGAACAAGUGAUUGUGCUCUUUGUCUUCUUCUUCCUUCCAAGUUAAGUGUGACCUGCUGUAGCAGCACAAGAUUCACAUACAUGUGAUCACACAGGCUCUUUCUCUCUCUCUCUCACACACACACACACACACACUCUACAAAGCCUUUACAAUCACAGUUUGCUGCUAGGAGCCUUAUUGACUGUGUCCACAAUGUUGUUUGUGUUGUUAACAUAUGUAUGUGAUAAUUAUGCUUCAUAUUUUGUCAGUACGUUCAAGUGAAAGUGAUUUAUCUGAAAAAAUGUUUUAUUUAGUUUAUACAUCUGCCAUAAAUUCCUUGUGUGUAAAUGAAUCCAGGUGUAUUUUGAGAUACUAAUCGUUUUAGUUGCACAAAUUCUAUGGCAGAAUUCCACCAGAGACUAUAUUUAUGCAAAAAUAUAUUGUAAUGAUAGUUUCUAAUAAAUAUUUCAAUAGUCAACAAGUUAUUAUUCAAAUAUAUUCUCCCUUUUUGCUGUCGCUUCAUAAAGGACAGAAUGUCAGCAGAAUUUCCCUCUUUCCUCAAAUGUAACACCCAAAAAUGUAAUCACUUUCUACUGAUGACAGACUGGCUUGUAAUCCAAAAUGUAACCUGAGCUCCAUUUCUGUUUCACACGCAGCAUUAAGAAUGAUUUAGCAUUUAGCACCUGGUCGGUGAUUUAGCAUCUAACAGUGUUUAAAACGUUUUAAUUGAACUGCCUUGCGUGCCAAAUGUUAUCUUUAUUUGUUAUUUGCAUAUUGUACUGUACUGAGAGAUACAUGUGUUAAAUUUAUGAGGAUUAUAAUGUGUAAAAUCUUAACCUAAUCUCAGAGUGACGUACGGAUGUUUGUGCGGAGAUGUAUAUAAAGUAACCAGCCUGUUAGCCUCUUAAGUUGUGUUUCCUUAUCCGGUGAAUCUUUAUAUUUUGUAAAUGAUUGCAGUUUACUUACCUUUAUUUUUGUCUAGUAUUGUCUAGUUCCUCCUUGUUGAAUUAAAUGUUAAUUUCAGCUUGAUUGGUACUUUGCAUUUGGAAGAUGAGAUGAGGCAGUAAAAGCAGUUACAUGCUGACCAAAUUAAAACAUUUUCGGUAUCACGUUAGUGAGAUUCUCCAGUGGGAAAGGGACAUAGACAUACAGGUGAGAAUGGAAGAUACAAAUGACGUUAUGAGAGAAUCUGUUUUGAUGUUUUGACAGAUUUGGUAGUUGUGAGGGCAUUCAAUAUAUAUGAUUUAAACCCCUAAAUUAAUACGGAUGUAGGACCUGAUUUGCAAACAGUUUUGCUUGUAAUUUAUAGCCUAAAACUUAAUUGUUCUUCAAGUAAAUGUUUCAAGAAUGUUGUUAGAUCAAUUGCUUUUAAUAUGCUGUUUCUUGUGAAUGCUUAUUCCUGGCAGGAAACGUAUUUUGUAUGUAUAUUGUAACUUUUAUUUAUUUAUUCAAUCAGUUUUUCAUUCCGAUGCUGCUUUGUUUGUGAAGCUGAUAUUUUUGUUUUGUGGCCAUUUCCAAAUGUGUAUUGUAAAACAAUCAAAUUAUAAAGAGUUCAUAUAUACUAUAUAUUAAAUGGUGUAUGUUUUUAUAAUAAAACAAUAAAAAUGGAAUUAUCAUUA